UUGGUUAUUUUUGUAUUAGAGUUAAUAGUUUAAAGUUGUUAAUAAAAAUACUAGAAAAGGGAGGGAGAGAAGUGAAGAAAAUUAGCCUUUUAAAAGACUUUUUUUUUUUUUUUUGCAAUACAUGUGUUUAUAUUUAAAAAAAAAAUAACAUGUGAGCAAGCAGAUUUGAGAAUUUGCUGUUUUCCAAAACAUUGUUUCAAUUGGUUUGAAGUUGUUGUUUUUGUUUAUUUUGAACCCAGUCAUGCAGUUAAAAAUCUCUUCACCAGAUUUGACAUCCUGUAUUGGGCAGUUUUUAGAUGACAGUCAAAAGAUUGAAAUUUCCAAACAGAAGUCAAUGGCUACUUUUGCUCAAGCGCCAGUAUUUACUUCAAAAUUGAAUCAUUUAGAAAAUGAAAAUCAAGUUAUACUAGACAAUACUUGUUUGCCAAAAUUUAAGUCACUUCAAUCUACAAAUAAUUACUUAAAUGCAUCAAAGGUGAAUUCACCAAGACCAAUGACUACUUCUGAGAAACAUCCACCAAAGCUUCAAAAUAAAAGUGCUACAGUUACAAAUGCAUCUUCAUUAAAUAAUAAACCUGAGGAUGGUAUUAAUGAGGAUUUACCAAUAGAUGAAUGUCAAAUAAAUGAUCCUAAUUAUACUGCUUCAAAUGGUACUGAUGUUGACGACAAACAAUCCAAUGUUUCAGUUAAGCAUUUUUCAGCUCCAUCUAAACAAAUCAGUGUAGAAUUCAGUGCAUCCCCUUCUUCGACUGCAUCUUCUCUAAACAGAGAAAAUUCACUCGAUUACAAAGAUUCAACUGGUGUGGAUUUACAUGAAUUUAUGGUUAAAACGCUUAGGGAAAACCCUAGAGAUAGAUUAAUGCUACUAAAGCUGGAAAAAGAAUUUACAGAAUUUAUCAAUGAUGUUCCUCGAACCCAUUUCCGAUAUCCUCCAAUGACUUCCUACCAUCGCAUGCUUGUACACAGGGUAGCUGCAUACUUUGGACUUGAUCAUAAUAUAGAUUCAACAGGCAAAUGUGUUGUUAUUAGUAAGACGCCCUCAUCAAGAAUCCCAGAAAUCCGCUUUCAGAUGUAUUGCAGUCAUGAAUACACGGAUGAAGAGCUGUCAAUCACACCUCGAGCAAUUCUUAUAAGAUCAGCAUCUGAAGAGAAUUCUGCUGACUCUCCAGAAGAUGUGUCAAGUACAGAAGAAAGGUUAUCGAAUCAGUCUAAUGAAUCUUAUCAAACUGGAGAGUCGGUUCAAUCAGAAAAAGAAGCUGCUAUUGCUGCAGUUGCUGCAGUUUUUGGAAAUACAAAAACUAGUUCAACAAAGCGUGUUCAAGAUAGAAAAAAUGUUUCUCAUUUACAACUGUAUCAAGUACCUUAUGGUUAUCAAAAUUCUAAUGGUACACUAUCAGAUCACUUCAGUUAUGCUAGUCCUGCCUACAUGCAUAAUGGAGAACCCUACAAUGCACCUAACAUAACUUUACCAGGUGGAGCCAUUGCUAUUAAUCCUCAAACAGUUCAACCGUUGAUUAAUGGAGAUGGAUCAUCUGCAGUAUUCCAGACAGGAGCGUAUCCACAACAAGCAUCAAGUAGCACAUAUAGUGGAGCAAAUGUCUACAUGCAGCAUUCUAUUCAGCCCCCUUAUGUACCAGUUUAUGUAACAAAUAGUCAGAAUGGACUUCAGCAUUAUUAUGUAGUCCCACAGCCAACUCCGCAAUACGUUUACACCCCAACACAACCACUUCUAGAUUCGCCAAGUGCUUUACUUUCACAAGUUUCUUAUCAAAGUUGUGCUAAUCAGUUAUCAAAUAUGUCAAUAGAAAAUGAUGAAACUGCUAAACACCCUUCACAGCAAGUUUCUUCGCCACCUAGUCCUGACCCAUCAAGUGCAUCACAUCAAUUUACAGUAGGUGGCAGACAACUUUAUUUAGUACAAACAAAUCCCAAUGGAGUUUACCAGCAACCUAAUAAUCUAGCAACAAUACAAUAUUUUCCCACAACGCAACCAACUGCUUAUGCUGGUUAUGUCAAUCAAUAUGGUCAAAUAGUAGAAACUCCUGAAAUCUUUAACCAAGCAACCUCUCAAUCACCUUCCCCUCCAGUUCAUCCAGUUCAACAGCAAACAUAUAGUACUACGCAAUCACCAUUAGGAAAACCUCUACCACAGUCGUAUAGGCAAACUGUAUAUCAGCCUGCAAGAGUUGUACCUGGGGUGGUAGGAAAGCAACCUGUUUACCUUUCAUUACCUGGAAACCAAGUUUUUACUCCUUUAUCAUACAGCAAUGUUCAUAUUGGCCAGACAACAUGCACUCAUAGAGGGCAAACAUUUGUUAAAAAACCAGACUAUUAUCGAAAGGAGGAAAACACAAAUAAAUAUACAUACAUGCAACAAUGUCAACAUUUUCAAUUUAGUUUUCCUGUUCUACACUCUCCUAUCUACAAUCAAAUUCGACCUGCUGGCCUUCAUACUAAAAAAGUGCGUUCUUCUAGAUUUCAAAACCAUAAUAGUCAACAGAUUCGUAUAAGUCGACCCAACUCAAAUAGCAGUGAAGUUGAUCAAAAAACUGUCAAUCACAUUCUGGAAAUUUUUGAUUUUCCUGACACAGUUUCUUCAGACGCCGACGCUAUUUUCGACGAGAUUAAAAAUGCAGGUGCUCGCAUACUAAAGAUUAAAAGCAGUAGCUCUCAGCAACCUAACUCGAAUUCGCAGCAAACGUCUGCUCAACGACCGACAAUAUUAGCGAUUUUUAAAUCGGCUGCUGAAGCGCAACUAGCUCUAGAAACUGUCUCUAGUCCAUAUUAUAAGCUUCGAGUUUCGCAAAAAUCUCCAACGCAUUUUUCUGGUAAUGUCACGGAUUAUUAUAGGAGUCCGUCCCCUGUGAGUAAUAAAUAAAAAUGUCAAUAUUUUUUUUUUCAACAAUUUUAUUUUAAUACUUUUAUAAAAAAUUGGAUGUCGUAAAACAAACAAAAAAAAGAAAGUCUUUAGGUGAAUUUUUUCAAAAGUGGCUGUUUAAGGAUUGUCUAUUUCUCUCUCUGCUUUUCUAUUAACUACCUUGUUAAAAUAUCAUAAUAUAAUUACUAUAUAAAUUUAAAGAAAAAGAUGCUUGACGUCACGACUACAAAUGAAUUUUGAGCUUAUGAAGUGUUAUGCAUUGUUCAAUUAGUUGUGACGUCAGGUUUUCUAAUCCAUUUCUCCGUGGUGGAGAAAUAAACCGACCUGUAGCUAACUUUUGCAUUUUAUUUUACGAAAAGUUAUUUGUUUUUUGUCACUCAAAAUAAACUUCAUAAAAAAUAUUACGGUGGUUCUUUUAGUUAAAUAAUUUUUAAACAUAAGAGUACUUUUGAAAUCUUUGCGUGAGCUUGAGAAGACUUUUGAGGCUUUCAAUAUGCUAUGGGUCGGUAUAUAUAAAUAUAUAUAUAUAUAUAUAAAGGGUGUACAGAAAAGUGAAAAACAUAAACAAUGGUCUAUUUAUUAAUGCUUUUUAAAAUUAUUUACCGAAGCUUUUAAAAAAAUCUUUUUAACGUACGCUUGCAUUCUUAAUAUAAGACUUUUUUUAAAUUUUUUAUUUAUAUUGACUGUACAUGGAGCUCGAAGAACUGUCAUGUGAAAUGUAACUUUCUAUUAUUUUUAUUUGAUGUUUUUUUACCUCAGAUUUGUCAUCUUUCUAAAUGGAAAUCAAAGUGAAAAGAGGUUAUUUUUGUUUUUCAGAAAUAGAUAUUUAUAUUUUCA